AUGAAUAACAUUAUUCUUUCAAUAUUUCUUUGUGUGUUCAUCACCUUGAGCUUUGGUGUUGAACAAAUUGAAGCAGCAAGAGCAUUUUUUGUUUUUGGUGAUUCACUUGUUGACAAUGGAAAUAACAACUACCUAGCAACUACUGCUCGUGCCGAUACAUAUCCUUAUGGAAUCGACUCCGAAACUCAUCGAGCUUCCGGUCGAUUCUCCAAUGGCCUCAACAUGCCUGAUCUUAUCAGUGAGAAAAUAGGGUCAGAACCAACAUUGCCAUAUUUGAGUCAAGAGCUUGAUGGUGAGAGAUUACUCAUUGGUGCUAACUUUGCUUCUGCUGGAAUAGGAAUUCUCAAUGACACUGGAGUUCAGUUUAUUAAUAUAAUCCGAAUUACCGAACAAUUAGCAUACUUUAGACAGUACCAACAAAGGGUUAGUGCACUAAUUGGAGAAGAUGGUGCACAAAAAUUAGUGAACCAAGCAUUGGUACUAAUAACCUUAGGAGGGAAUGAUUUCGUGAACAACUAUUAUUUGGUUCCGAUGUCAGCAAGAUCUCGUCAAUAUGCUCUUCCCGAUUAUGUUGUUUUUCUCAUUUCCGAGUAUCGCAAAAUUCUCAGGAAUCUGUAUGAAUUAGGAGCAAGAAGAGUUUUGGUGACAGGGACAGGACCAUUAGGUUGUGUACCAGCAGAAUUAGCUAUGCAUAGUAGAAAUGGAGAGUGUGGUGCAGAUCUUCAAACAGCUACUAAUUUGUUCAAUCCGCAACUUGUUCAACUGAUUAAUCAACUCAACUCCGAAAUCGGUGGCCCUAAUCAUGUCUUCAUUUACGCUAACGCUUUCGCUAUGCAUUUGGAUUUCAUUUCUGAUCCACAAGCAUAUGGAUUUGUGACAUCAAAAGUAGCAUGUUGUGGUCAAGGAGCAUACAAUGGAAUUGGACUAUGUACACCAGCUUCUAACUUGUGCCCUAAUAGGGAUGUCUAUGCAUUUUGGGACCCUUUUCAUCCAUCAGAAAGAGCUAAUAGACUAAUCGUUGAUAAAUUUAUGACUGGAGCUACUGAAUACAUGAACCCAAUUAAUAUUAGUACAAUUCUUGCUUUAGAUUCUAGGGUUUAA